AUGUAUGAAGUAGAGGAUGUUAUUGAGAGAAGUUUGGCCUUCAAGUAUACAUUCACAGUCCCAUCAGAACAACAGAUUGACAGACUGAAAGUUGGCGACCUGGUCAAAUUGAUAUUCAGAGAGGAUCCAUCCAGUGAACAACAACAACAACAACAAGGUAGUACCGAUGCCACCCUGAACCAAUCUUGUAUCCAAGUAGAUGCACCACAUGCAAGCAGUAGUACAUCAUUCUCGAAUCCCUCCGCAACCAACAAUAACAACAACAACAACUCAUCAAGUGUGAUCAAUCAAUCAACUACAUUAUCAUCCACAACACAACAACAACAACAACAACCUAAUAACAACAACAACAAUGACACUAAUAAUGAAUGCUUCAUCGAGAGGAUGUGGGUAUCAAUCACACAUAUUGAUGAUGGACACAAGACAUUCAAGGGAACACUGGACAACUCACCGUACAAAAUGCGUACAUUGACACUUGGCGACACUGUAUCUUUUGCCAGGAACCACAUACUCGCGAUCUAUGACCAACCCAACGAGUCCUCAUUCCUCACGGAGGAGCAACGUAUCUUCACGUCACAGUUCUGUCUUGUGUCGCGUAUGGCACUGGACAAGAACCGGCAGGUUGGCUACAUGUUCCGCGAGGAUCCGAUCAAGACCAUCGCCAAUGACAGUGGCUGGCGCAUCUUCCAAGGUGACGAGUCCGACGAGUAUCUGGCCAACCAUGCCAACUUCCAAACAGUAUCAUUGGCCAGUGUACUCAACCAAGAUGAUACAUUCAUCCAUCUACUACACUAUCCACCCGAUUCAUGCUUUGAGAAAGACGACAAUAGCAAGGAGUGGAGGAAGAUUAAGGAUGAAUAA